AUGCAAGCUAUCACCGCUAUUGCCUUGGUCGCCGUUGUCGCCAACGCCGCAUCUGUUCCGCAAGAUCGUCUAGCAAUCGAUGCUAACAUGGCACAUAUGGUUGCUGACCCCAUUGUUGCCACUUUCAAGGAGCACUUAGUUUUAAACGGAUGCUACGCCGAUGCCUCAUCACUUAUCAGAUGUACCGAGAAGGUCGCCCUUGGCGAGAUCAAUGCUGCUUGA